AAAAAAAAAUACGAAAAACCAAAAGAGAAAGCGCAAAGGAAAGGAAGAGAGCGAAUGGGGCGUCAGAAGUGAUGAACAAUAACCAACAACACCCAACAUCAAGUGCUCUUCUCCACUCUUCACUCUUUUUUUCAAACUCCGAUUCUCUCUCUCUCUUUCUCUCUCUCUCUCUCUAGGGUUUCCAAUUUCUUCUUCUUCUUCUUCUUCUUUUUCUUCUUCUCCUUCACGGUUGUUGCUGCUUCGUUCUUCUACUCCUGCGGUUCGCGAGAACAAUGCAUCGGCUUCUUGGGAUUAAUGAUGCUUUAGUAUAUAGUUGAUUCCACUUGCAAAAUGUUUCAAUUGUGCUCCCUUCAGUAGUAGGUGGAAUAGAAUGUACAUAUAGAAGUGGAUUUUCGAGGGUGUAUUUUAGUUGAAUGAAAUAAUGGAUUCUGUGAGAUCUUGGUUUAGUAAGUUGAAGUCGAAAGAAAAGGUAAGGUCAUCAAAGAACAAGGAAACUACAGGCAAUGCAAAAGAGGGGUCAAAAGUACCAGCAACUGACGAGGUGCCUUCAAAUGUAACUAAGCAGAAGGUUGCGGCUGCAAAACAGUAUAUAGAAAAUCAUUACAAGAAGCAGAUGAAAAGCUUGCAGGAGAGGAAGGAACGACGUCAUGUACUUGAAAAGAAGCUGGCUGAUGCCGAGGUCACUGAGGAAGAGCAAAGCAACUUGCUCAAGUAUUUGGAGAAGAAGGAAACAGAAUAUAUGCGUCUACAAAGACAUAAAAUGGGUGCUGAUGAUUUUGAGCCAUUAACAAUGAUAGGGAAGGGCGCAUUUGGAGAGGUUAGAGUUUGUAGGGAGAAGGCAACUGGUCAUGUAUAUGCAAUGAAGAAGCUAAAGAAAUCAGAGAUGCUUCGCAGAGGCCAGGUUGAGCACGUUAAAGCUGAGAGGAACCUACUUGCAGAGGUUGACAGCAAUUGCAUUGUGAAACUUUAUUGUUCUUUCCAAGAUGAAGAGUUUUUAUACCUCAUCAUGGAAUAUCUUCCUGGCGGAGACAUGAUGACUUUACUGAUGCGGAAGGAUACUUUGACUGAAGAUGAGGCUAGGUUUUAUGUAGGGGAAACAGUCCUAGCUAUUGAAUCUAUACAUAAACAUAAUUAUAUUCACAGAGAUAUCAAACCUGACAACUUGCUGCUUGAUAAGGAUGGUCACAUGAAAUUAUCGGACUUCGGAUUGUGUAAACCACUAGACUGCAGUAACCUCCAAGAAAAGGAUUUUUCUGUGGGAAACAAUCUCAGUGGGGCUCUGCAGAGUGAUGGACGUCCUGCUGCACCAAAGCGCACCCAACAGGAGCAGCUGCAGCAUUGGCAGAGGAACAGGAGGAUGCUUGCUUAUUCUACUGUUGGAACGCCGGACUACAUUGCGCCGGAGGUUCUGCUGAAGAAAGGAUAUGGAAUGGAAUGUGAUUGGUGGUCCCUGGGUGCUAUCAUGUAUGAAAUGCUCGUGGGAUAUCCACCCUUUUAUUCAGAUGAACCCAUGUCAACCUGCAGGAAGAUUGUUAAUUGGAGAACUCAUUUGAAAUUUCCAGAAGAAGCAAAACUUUCUCCAGAAGCCAAGGACCUGAUUAGUAGACUCUUAUGUAAUGUUGAUCAGAGGCUUGGAACAAAAGGGGCAGAUGAAAUAAAGGCUCACCCGUGGUUCAAAGGCAUUGAGUGGGAUAGAUUGUAUCAAAUGAAAGCUGCUUUUAUUCCUGAGGUCAAUGAUGAAUUGGACACACAGAACUUUGAGAAGUUUGAGGAGGCUGACAACCAAAUUCAACCUUCAUCAAAAGCGGGUCCAUGGAGAAAGAUGCUGUCAUCAAAGGAUAUCAACUUUGUGGGAUACACUUAUAAAAACUUCGAAAUUGUAAAUGAUCAUCAAUUACCUGGGAUUGCUGAGUUGAAGAAGAAGAGCACCAAAAAUAAAAGGCCUUCCAUCAAAACUCUUUUUGAUGAUGAGUCUGCAACAGCUACCAAUCAACCUGUUCAUGGGAGCUUUUUGAAUUUGCUCCCUCCCCCACUAGAAGUCCCUGAGAAGAGUGAAUCAGCAUGAACUGCACUAAUUUUCCAUUUUUCCUCGUAACAUCAGAUUGCGGCGUAGCAUCGAAACAAAGAUUAUUCGAUGAUUAACUUUAAUGCUAGAUUGGAAAACUUUUAUGGGGGCAAAGGGCCCCGAGAAGGGAGGAGCGGAUUGGGAUACUAUUCGCACUUGGGUCAGAUACGAUCUUGGUUUCUGCCAAAUAUUUUCUUUCGAGUAUAUAUUCUUUGAAAUUGUUGUGUAUUCUUUUUGGUUUUUUUUUUUAUUUUUUUUUAUUUUCCCACUUCGCCAAGGUGCAAGAUAUCAGUGUACAAUAGCCGCAAAUUGUUCAUGUAUCUAACUUUGUUGUUAAAUGUAGUAAUGGUAAAAGAAAGGUUUGUGAUUGUUAUGAAUUUGCCCCAUUCUCUGGGAAUUUAGUCUUCGUAGGAGGAUGAAGAAUGUUUGUAUGCUUUUGAGAGUUUCAUCUCCUCCUGGUUUAGCAGUUAUAUGAACUACUUUCCCUUGUGCUGUAAAAAAGGCAUUCUUGUUUCAUUCCCCUGUGCCAAAAUCAAGUACACAGGUAAUCCUACGUGGACCACUGGUCAGUGAGUAAGGUGGUAACGUUACAUGGAAUUCUAGU